AUGCGAGACCUAACGGCUCAGGUAACGAGCAGUCUGCUGCAGUUUCCAGAGGUGACUGUUGAGGCACUUGGGGAAGCUGAGACAACACUAGACUCUGUGUUGUGUGGGAAGUUUUCUGGAGGCAGAAGUGGCCUGGCGUGGCUGGCGUGUGGCCCCCAGCUGGAGGUGGUGAACUCGGUGACGGGAGAGCGGCUCUCUGCGUAUCGCUUCAGCGGGGUGAACGAGCAGCCUCCCACUGUUCGUGUGGUGAAGGAGUUCUCUUGGCAGAAGAGGACUGGACUCCUGGUUGGGUUGGAGGAAGCAGAGGGAAGUGUUCUCUGUCUGUACGACCUUGGGAUCUCAAAAGUGGUUAAAGCAGUUGCUCUCUCAGGGAGGGUGACUGCCAUCGAACCCAUCAGCAACGACGGCGGAGCCAGCGUGAGCACCCGGCACCUGCAUCAGAGUCUGCGAUGGCUCUUUGGGGUGGCAGCAGUGGCCACAGAUGUUGGCCACGUCCUUCUGGUUGACCUUUGUUUGGAUGAUUUGUCUUGCAGUCAGAAUGAAGUAGAAGCAUUGGAUCUAGAAGUUGUCACGAGAAUUCCUGCUGAAGUUCCACAAAGAAGAGAAGCUGUGACGAGGGAAGGGAGGCAUCUCUGUUUCCAAUUACGAAGUCCUUCAGGAACAGCAGUGUCAACCCUGUGCUACAUAAGCAGAAGCAACCAGCUCGUUGUGGGUUUUUCUGAUGGCUACUUGUCACUGGGGAACAUGAAAACUUUGAAGAGGGCGCACUACACUCAGCUUGGAGGAGGAAGGAUUCCUGUCUGUGCUCUUACUUUUCAAGAGCCUGAGAAUGACCUUCAAAAUUGUUGCUACUUAUGGGCUGUUCAGUCUACACAACAAAGUGAAGGGAAUGCUGUGAAUUUGCAUCUGUUGCAGUUAGCAUUUGGUGACAGGAAAUGUCUGGCAUCAGGACAAGUCAUGUACGAGGGUCUUACAUACUGUGUCAAACUCUUCAGUUUAGAUCUCUCUGGUGGAAUCUUUCCCUGGAGAGGGCAGACCAGCAAUACUAAAUUCCUCAGCUUUCAGACCAUAGAAAAAAUUCGCAGCCAUGCUGGCAAAGAGGAUAGCAUUAAUGAAGUAAUCUCUCCUGACACCAGUGUAUCAAUCUUCAGUUGGCAAGUGAAUACCUAUGGUCAGGGAAAACCAUCUACUUAUUUGGGUGUGUUUGACAUCAAUCGCUGGUAUCAUGCUCAAAUGCCAGACUCAUUGAGGCCAGAAGAAUUCCUUCAUGACUGCCCCUAUUUUGCACUGUGGUCACUGGAUCCUGUGAUAAGCAUGACUUCUCCAAACCUCAUUUUGGAUAUUCUGGUACACGAGCGUAGUCUAAGUCGGGGGGUGCCUCCUUCUUAUCCACCACCUGAACAGUUUUUUAAUCCAAGCACCUAUAAUUUUGAUGUGACGUGCUUGCUCAACUCGGGAGUUGUUCACAUGACUUGCACCGGCUUCCAGAAGGAGACGCUGAAGUUUUUGAAGAAAUCUGGUCCUUUAAUAAGUGAAGCCAUUCGUGACAGCUACACUCGGUGUCUUGUCGCUGGCUUGCUGUCUCCAAGACUUGCUGAUGUUCAGCCAUCCAGUCUGAGUCAGGAGGAGCAGUUAGAAGCAGUGUUGUCAGCUGCUGUGCAGACGGGUUCUUUAGAACUUCUGACAGGAUGCAUUAAACACUGGACUUCUGAAGAGCAGCCAAGUUCUGCUGUAAAUUUACGGUUUGUUCUUGAGUGGACGUGGAACAAAGUGAUCUGUACAAAAGAUGAACUGGACCAAAUCUGUGUUCCUCUGUUUGACGGCUCCUGCAACUUCAUUGACCCACAGACAUUACAGUCCCUUCAGCACUGCCAGCUGCUUCUGAGCAACCUCAGCACAGUCCUGAACUGUUUUCUAACAGAAGCUCGAGAGCUUACUGAGAGAGGUUUUUCAGACUUGACAAAUAAGCAGGUGGUAACCAGCCUCAUUUCUUUGUAUGCACAAGUUGUGAUCUGGUUCUGUCGAUCCAGUCUCCUUCCUGAGGGUUUAGAUGAUCACAUGCAGUUGUCUAGACCUUUCUACAAUUACCCCCUGAUUCAGAGCUACUACACGGGUCAUCGAGAGAAACUCGAGCGUUUAUCAAGAGGAAAAUGGGAUUCUGACUGCUUGAUGAUUGAUGGAAUGGUUUCCCAGUUGGGAGAGCAAGUGGAGAAGUUGUGGCGGAGAGAUGAAGGCGGCACUGGGAAAUACCCACCUGUUAGUUUACAUGCACUGCUGGAUCUCUAUUUGCUAGAAAGCAUUGAAGAAAGUGACAAGCAUGCAAUUACAAUUUACUUGCUGCUGGACAUCAUGCAUUUCUUUCCAAAUAAAACAGAAACUUUACUUGUUUCCUUUCCAACUACCUUUGCUAUCCCUUGGGGUCUUGUUAAGCUGAUUCGAGGGUUUUGGCUUCUAGAUCACAAUGAUUAUGAGAAUGCCCUGGCCCUGCUCUUCCAUCCAGCUACAAUCAAGACUGUGUCAUGGCAGCACAUGAGGAUAGUUCAGUCCCUCAUGUGCCAGGGAGAGCACAGGAAAGCCCUCAGGUACAUCCAGAUGAUGAAGCCGUCGAUGUCCAGCAGCAGUGAAGUGCGGCUCUUCCUCACCGUGCUGUUGUCCAAUAGGUGCAUGGUGGAGGCUUGGGGUCUGUUGCAGCAGCACACCACAAAGUUAAACAUAGAAGAGCUGUUAAAGCACAUGUAUGAAAUCUGUCAGGAGAUGGGGCUCAUGGAGGAUUUGCUGAAACUUCCCUUCACAGACACGGAAAAAGAGUGUUUGGAGAAGUUUUUACAGACCAAAUCUGGUGCUCAGAAUCAUGAAUUCCUCUUAGUCCACCAUCUGCAGCGUGCCAACUACAUCCCAGCACUCCAGUUGAAUCAGUCCAUGAAGACCAGUCUGACGAAUGAUCGUGAUCCUCGCUUGAGAGAGAGAGCAGUUGUCAGAAAUUCUCUGCUAGACCAAUAUAUCAAGAUCCUUCCCACAGUUCAAAGGAAGCUGGCAGUAGAGAGAGCCAAGCCGUACCGUUUGCCUUCAUCAGUCUUAAGAGAAGUCCCAAGGCCAAAGCCGUUAUCAACAGCAACAAGGCAGGCUAAUGCAGGAAAUGUACAUAUAAGAACAAGUUUCAUCAAUAAAGUACUGUCCAGAUUUAAAGAAGCAUGGCUAGGAAAGAAGAAAACCAGUUUCUUAGAGUAUAAUAAAUUGCUGGAUUUGGUGGUUCGUCCUGUUCCAUCCUGGUCUGUGGCACAAGAUGAGAGCCAGCAGUGCCCAUGCAAGGCUUCUACUUCUUUUGUGGCAUCCAGCCCCCUGAGAUCAGACACACAUCACUCCAGCUCCCAAAAGAAUCUGCCAAGAGCAUCAGAGUUGAAUUUACUAGAAACUCCUCUUGCGGUCAAGGUUUGUAUUUUAAAAAGGCAGUAGCAAACAACAAAGCAGUAGCAACCAACAAAGCUUGUGAGCUUUGUUUAACAUGAAACCCCUAGAUUCAAACUGUGAGGUAUUUUUAGCAUGCUUGUAGUUAUUGUAGGCACUGUUUUCAAAGUAGUAAAAUGGGAACAGAGGGAAAGUGCAGUUUUCAGCUAAUUGCACUGGUCACCUUGUACCACAGCUUUGAGAAAUAGCCUUCUUUUUAUUGCAUGGAACAAGGUAAGAUGAACCUGGACUUUUCAAUCUAUACGUAGCUGCUUAAAGAUGCAAUUUGUGGCUUAACCAUGUCAG